AUGUGGCGUCAAGGAGAAGUCCCACAGGAUUCCAAAGACGCCAUAAUCGUACACUUCUACAAGCGAAAAGGGAACCGCCAAAUCUGCGACAACUACCGAGGCCUUUCCCUGCUGAACAUCGCUGGGAAAAUAUUCGCUGGCAUUCUUCUCGACCGCCUGAACGACCAUCUGGAACAGGGUCUCCUGCCGGAAAGCCAAUGCGGCAUCCGUCGUCAUCGUGGGACCACCGACAUGAUCUUCUCCGCCCGCCAACUUCAGGAGAAGUGCCAGGAGAUGCGGCCCCACCUGUGCUCUACCUUCGUUGAUCCGACGAAAGCCUUCGACACGAUGAAUCGUGAGAGACUUUGGAAAAUCAUGCAGAAGUUCGGCUGUCCCGAGUGAUUCAGUCAGCUCCACUAUGGCAUGGUGGUGUGCAUCACGAACAAUGGGCCUGUCUCAGAAACAGUCACAGUGACCAACGAAGAGAAGCUGGGCUGGGUCCUCGCGCCUACCCUCUUCAGUCUCAUGCUCUCUGCCAUGCUGAUGGCCGCCUACCGGGAUGAGCGCCGCGUCGGCUAG